CUGUAAAACCUCCCGGCUCGGAUUCAAUCAGAGGAAGCUGCACUCCACAUAAACGCUGUCAUACAUCCCUGAAGUAGCGGCCCAACCUGUUGCCGGCAUGCCUCGCAUUGAGAAUGACAUCAAGCUCGACUUCAAGGAUGUGCUUCUGCGGCCGAAGAGGAGCACGCUCAAGUCUCGGAGUGAGGUAGACCUGAUGAGGAGCUUCACCUUUAGGAACUCCAAGGGCAGCUACAGAGGGAUCCCCAUCAUCGCUGCCAACAUGGACACUGUGGGGACCUUUGAGAUGGCCCUGGCCUUGCACCAGUUCACUCUCUUCACCACAAUCCACAAACAUUACUCUCUGGAUGACUGGAAGGAGUUUGCAGCAAAGCACCCAGAAUGCAUAGAGAGUGUGGCAGUGAGCACAGGGACCGGCGACUGCGACUUCGACAAGAUUUCGGCCAUCUUGGCUGCGGUGCCCCAGCUGCAGUACAUCUGUGUAGAUGUGGCUAACGGCUACUCCGAACACUUUGUCCACUUUGUCAAAGACGUCAGGCAGAAGUUCCCCUCACACACUAUCAUGGCGGGAAACGUGGUGACAGGAGAGAUGGUGGAGGAGCUGAUCCUGGCUGGUGCUGACAUCAUCAAAGUAGGCAUCGGACCAGGCUCUGUGUGCACCACUCGCAAGAAGACCGGGGUGGGUUACCCCCAGCUGAGCGCUGUGAUUGAGUGUGCAGAUGCAGCCCAUGGUUUGGGUGGCCACAUCAUCUCUGAUGGAGGGUGCACUUGCCCAGGAGAUGUCUCGAAGGCUUUCGGUGCGGGAGCAGACUUUGUGAUGCUAGGUGGUAUGCUGGCUGGCCACUCGGAGAGCGGGGGCAACGUCAUUGAGAAGAAUGGAAAGAAAUACAAGCUGUUCUAUGGGAUGAGCUCUGAUACAGCGAUGAAGAAACAUGCUGGGGGCGUGGCUGAGUACAGAGCCUCUGAAGGGAAGACAGUUGAAGUUCUUUACAAAGGACCGGUGGACGUGACGAUACGAGACAUCCUGGGUGGGGUUCGCUCCACCUGCACCUACGUGGGGGCAGCCAAGCUGAAGGAGCUGAGCCGCAGGACAACCUUCAUCAGGGUCACCCAGCAGCUCAACACUGUCUUCGGUAACGACAGCUAAGCCCCAGGCCGGUUCUGGGGCUUGCCUGGUUCACGUGUAAGGAUGAGUCUGCAACUUUUUUGUACCGGUUAGUCCAAGCACAUCAGGGUACGUGCUUGGUUGGAUGAAGUCUAAGUAAAGCAAGUAAACCUACACACCUACCUACAUGUUAGGCAUUUGUAUUUGCUGGCAGUGUUUUGUGCCACUUGCACCCUCAUCAAGUCGGGUUUGUGACCUGGCCUUAAAAAUGUCUAACCUGUAGAUAAGAGUGUGAGUUUACUUUACCUACUGAGUCUGCAACGCUGCUGUGUCUGACACUCAGAUGUCAGACACACACACACACACAUUUGUUACUUAUAGAUAAAAAAUUUGGUUUUAGCUUAUUUGACUAUCAGGUUCAAUGCAAGUUUGAGUUUUUGCACUCUAACUCUGAGUUGCUUUAACUCUUCAGAUGAUAUUUAUUUGAGGCAAGUCACAAACUGUUACCAGGAUCAGUGUGAUAAUGCCAGAGCUACUGCAACAUCACUCUCCAAUGUAGUCAGUUCCUGCUCUUGGCCUGCCUUCCACGUCUUAUCAUUCCAAUCUGAACUCUCUUUCAAGCUUAAUCUUUUCUUUUUCUUGCAUUCACUUUUGUUUUCCAGGCAUCUCAUCACACACCACAAACAGUAUAUCCAUUACAACAUAGUUCUGGACUGACAUUAUAAGCCUUUGUCACCCAAAACCAAAAUCCUUACAAAUGUCUUAAAUUGUUUAGAAAAACUAAACAUGUAUGCAACUUUAGUGGCCAUUACUGAGAUAGUUUAAUACUUUAAACAUUCACUGGUUAAGUUUUGCACUUUAAUGAUUUAUAUGUUUAAAUAGUAUUUUAUAUUCAGUUUCCCUUCACUACAAUGUUAAUGUUGAACUGUAUGAAAAUAUAAUAGAAACUUGACACAAUCUGACAAGCAACAGUGUUUGACACCACUGUGACAUGCACUGUCUCUAAUAUGUGUACUUUUACCUAAAUGUUUUAUUAAUUGGUAGGCCAUUUUACCUACCAAACUAAGGAGGAAUUAUGUUGGGAUCAUUGCAUUAAAAAAUUGUCAACAGAGGACAGUGUUAGACUACCUCUACAGUUGUAAACGGUUGUAAUCACAGUGAAAAUUUGUAUCCUUGGAUAUUUGCAGUUUUUCUGUCCUCAAGCUGCUCCAGAUGGAUACCAGAGUUCAUGUGGGUUUAGUUUAAGGAUAUACACAAAAUCGGUUAAUAUAGAUUCAUCAGUGGUUAUUAUGUGCUUAUACCUCUUGCUUACCAGUAUCAUUCACUGAAGAGAUUUUGUACGAUUUGGUAUGGUUUCCCUUCAUUCACUGUGUCUUUGUAGUUAUUAUCCCUUUUCAAACUUUUUUCUGUAUCAUUUUAUACUGACGUUACAUUGACGGUAAUUUUUAUGAAAGGUGGACCAUGGUCAAAUGAUACAUUCUGUUCUUGUGUUACUUCACAUGUGUUCAGUCUCAUCAUUAAUAAUAAAAAAAACAUUCCAU